UUUCCACUGAGAAUAUAUCAUUUUAAAUUCCUGAUGGCAAUAUGGAAGUUAUGAUGUUGAUGCAAUGGCUCGUAAUUUUGCUCCAAUUAGCGAUAGCUUUCGGAUCAAAUCAUACGGACUUUCAGAAUCUAGUAAUAUCUUCACGGAAAUCUGACUGGGACACCUCACACACAUCUUGCCACUCUCUAGCAGGUGAAGAUGUAUUUUGUAAUGAAUACAACACUAGUCAGAAAUGUAGACCGGAAGUAACAGACUUUUACAACAUGAGUGGUUUACCAGAGACGUUUACAGCCUGGAUUGAUUCUUUUCUACAGACGUCAUACAGUAUUACAUUUGAUGGAUGCUACGAAGUUUCAAUUGAUGACAGUAACGUUAGAAGUCUUAUAAAGAAUAUAACUGUUCCUGACCUAAGAGAAUGUGCCUUGUCGUGUUCAAGUAGAAUAGAAGACAUUGGUUGGGUGGAUGGGGACUGUUAUUGUAUUUUCGAUGUUGUAGUCAGCUCUGUAUCCAAAAUGACGGCUUUAUUGUCACCUAUUCAGUGCGCAGAUGAGGAUUUGAACAGAAAUAGCACGGUCUUUAACCUGUACAAGAAAAUACAAAUAAGUACCAAUUUGAAUUACAAAAGAUGUCCAGUGGGGUCUUAUCUUGGUGGUGUUACACAUGUGUUUUCGUAUUUGAUGAACUGCGAGGAAUCUUACAUAUAUUAUUGCAACAAUUCUAAAAACGUAUUUGGGCCGAGUACUUGGAAUGAAGCAGUGGAUAAUUGUACCAGUAUGUCGGGAAGGUUGAGCCAUAGAAGAGAAUUAAUAAAGAAGCACCCACGUCAAACCGGUCAUUACUGGGUAGAUGGAUUCACAGUGGACAAUCUUGCGUUUAAUGCACGAAAGAUUGAAAAAACACUGUGUACCGCUUUAUUAAGAGAUGGAAGUGGAAUUAUGAGAUUUUCUUUGUUAAACUGUUCGCUCGAACUAAAUAGUUUAUGUGUAGAGCAAGGGAACAUUGACUUAGAAGCAUUAUCCACAGAGGAAACAUCAAUGGGGGAUACCACAAAAGAACCCAUACGGAAUAAACUUUCAACUUCUGAAAUUGUAACAGAUAAAAAUACUGCGAUUUGGAAGUCAGUGACAACCCCUAGUGAUACAUCUGAUGAACAGAAUCCAACUACAUUGAACACGAAAUUUAAUGGGAGUGACAUGGUUGGUGAUGGCAACUCUAGUGCAAGUGGGAUAGCAAUAGGAAUUACUGUUGUAAUCGUCUGUAUUAUUGUUGCAAUAGUUUGUUAUCGAAGAAAGAAGAAUCAAAAUGAAGAGAAACUGAAGUAUAGAAAAACGCAUGCAGGUUUCAAGUCAGAUACCAUAGAAUCUGACGUCAUGUUGGCACAAAACAUGCGGUACCUUCCGUCAGUUAUUACUUAUCCAUCUGGUUACAACGUUAGUAAUUUGAAAAUACCGGAUGCUGGAAGUGUAGAACAGAUCGGAGUUAAUGCCACAAUACAUGAAGAUAAUAAUUAUCCUGAAAUUUUUGAAGUAAAAGAAGGUCAAUUUAAAACGACAGAAGUGUCUAUUAAUCCGGAAAAGAUACAAUUUUCUGGAAAGGGUAAUAAGACAGAGUUUGAACCUGGUAAAAAAGGUGAUGAAUCCGAUACUGAAAAAUCCGGCAGUGAAGAUGGCCGAUAUAUAUCUUUGGUUAUUAACCAAGAUAAAGCAGAUGACGACGACGAUCGCUACGUAUCAAUUGCAUCCCCACACUUCGAUAUUGACAGAGACAACGUGUUUCCAAGAGAUCACAUUGAAAGCAAAGAAGAAGAAAUAGGGGAGAGUAUUUUCAUGAAAAACGGUCUAAUGGUAGCUGACGAAGACGACGAGAAUAUAGACAUGGGAUCAAAUGAAAAAAAUGACAAUACAGAAAUUCGAACAAAAGAAAAGGGGGCUUCUUAUGAAGAAACUGAUGAUGACAGAGUCCGAGCAGAUAUCCAAGAAAUGAAGAACAAGGAUGGCGGAGACAAAGAACGAGCUAACGGGAAUCAAUGCGAAGUAGACAUUUCUAAGUUUCGAGCUUUGCUAGAAGAUAACAUUGGUGAACCUGAUAUGACAUCGCAUUUACUCAGGAAAUUUUCCGUGAAUGACAGAAUUGACAGCGCCAUAUUCAAAUAAUGAGACGAUUUUGUAUUACCAUCUUGGUAACCGGGUUUCAAAUAACAAUAUUAUUUACAGUACGAGAGUUUAACCUUCGGGAGUGUUUGUUCUUAUAAGAAUUACGAUCAGCGCAUAAAGACAUUGGCACAACAGUGGUUUUGCAACUAUACUUUGUUCUUUCACGAUAUACCGGUAUAACGUUGUGAAAACCAUAAUUCACGUGGACUUUUCUUGAAACAAAAUGUGAUCGUUACCUACUUUCAUUUCUUACAUUUUCCAAAAAUAAAGCUAUCACUUAAAUGAAAUAAGCAAUUAAACUAUCAAACUAUUCAUAAUGUUAAGUUCACGUUAAACCUUUGAAUGUUUUAUAGACCCAAUCAUUGGUUGACUGAUAUGGAAUAUCCGAUUCAAAAUGACCACAUAUUUGGUCCAAUUGUUGUACUCUCACCGGGUUCUCUUCUAAUUCUAAUCGAAUGUUUCACCAGAAAGUACUUGAUAAUAGCAUCUUCACAGUAACCACUAGUGGAGUUAGGCUUGUUUAAUCUUAUGAAGCAACUUGAUUCAAAUCUGUUGCCAAAUCAUUAGUUUUCUGUGUAUUCUUUUGUAGAAAGUUUAUUUUUGGUAAUUUAUUUUGUUCAUUAUAGUUUGUAUCUCUCUUUGAUGUAUGAUAUCUGUGUUUUUUAUUUUUUUCAAUAGUAUCGCAAUUUUUUUUCUAGUUUAAGUUCAUUAUUAUUGUUAUUUUCUUUUGGAACUGUUUUUUUUUUUAAUUGAAAAACGUUGCAUACUAGUUAUAUCAGUAAUUUUAUAAUACAAUAAAUAUGCUGUCACGUUGUUCAAACAAUAUUGCUCGUAUUGUAAAUAUGCCUCUUCCAGUACUUUUGAUUUUAUCAAAACAACUUAGACCGCAAUGAAAAAAACAAUACAAUGGCAGGAGAUUGAAUAGUAACAAAAAACAAACAAUCGAGUUGAUAACCAAAGAAUGUAAAACCAGAAUUCAAAUACAAUAUGAACUUUUAUUUAGAUAAUGAUUUUUAUGCCCCACCUGCGAUAGUAGAGGGCGGUAUGUUUUCUUGUCUGUAGGCUCGUUCGUCCGUUCGUUUGUAUUCCGUCCGUCCGUCUGUCCCGCUUCAGGUUAACGUUUUUGUUCAAGGUAGUUUCUGAUGAAGUUGAAGUCCAAUCAAAUUGACACUUAGUACACAUGUUUUCUAUGAUAUAAUCUUUAUAAUUUAUAAACCCCAAUUUCACGGUCCACUGAACAUAGAAAAUUAUAGUGCAAGUGAGGCAUCCGUGAACUUUGGACACAUUCUUGUUGAACUUAAAAUGUGUGACUUCCAAAUUAUGUACACGGCAUUUAUUGUUCAAGUAUUCAUUUUAUUAUUAAAAUGUAAGAUUGAAAUUA